GCAGCAGCUGAAGAGAGUCAAACGAACGAACAAUCGAGAGAUGAACAUCAGCAGCCUGCUGCAGUUUGAGUCGAUGCAUUAUCAUGGCGCCCAGACGCAAUCGAUGAUCAUCAAUCGCUUCGUGGCCAAUUCGCUGCGUGUGUUCAUCGAGGACUUCUAUCAGCGCAUCGCACCAUCGUUUAUGCUCAUCAUCUCGUGCCGUCGUCCCAGUCCCAUGAACUUCUAUCGCAACAUUAUGCAGCUGCUGUACGAGAGCGUGGACACCAUGAUCCUUCAGAUGGUGCAUCACAAUCACAGCCAGCCACAGCGCGUUGCCGGCUUGCGUUUGCACAAUCUGCUGCUCGUCGACUCACUGCAGGCAUUGCUUGACAUCGAGAUCCACACGUAUGCCACGCAACACGAUGCCAGCAGGUAUUACUUCAUUUUUCUGCAGCAACGCGAUGCGCUCAUACCAGCCGAUAUGCUGGGCGUCUUCGAGUAUUGCUGGCAGCAUCAGCUCAUCAACUGCAACGUGAUGACGCAGAGUUCGCGUGGCGAGGUCAUCAUGCACACCUAUUUCCCCUACGAGGCGGACCACUGCAGCACCGUGGUGCAGCGGCAAAUCAAUCGUUUCAUGGGCGAAGCCUGGCAGCAUGCCAACUACUUCCCUGCCAAACUGCACAAUUUGCAUCAGUGUCCGCUGCAGGUGGCGCAGCGACUGGCGACACCGUUCCUGGGGCUGGAGGAUCGAUUGCUGCAGCUGCUGGCCAGGCGCAUGAAUUUCAGCAUUCAUCUGGUUGGGGAGCAGCCGGAUAAUCAGACGGAGCAGCAGGUGUUGCAGCUGCUGCAUCAGCAGCGUGCUCACCUGGCCAUUGGCUAUCUGCGCAAGCGAGUCCAGCAAUCGGGCAAUCUGUCCACCGUCUUUCCAUACUACUCCAGCCGGCUGGAGUGCUGCCUGCUGUUGAGCAACUACAAUUUGAACAGCUUCGAUAUACUUCGCUUUCCCUUUCAGUCACUCACCUGGCUCUGUGUGCUCGCCAGCUUCCUCAGUGUCGCCGGCCUCAUGCUCUGCAGUCACCGACGCAGCGAUUGCGCCACCAUUCUGCUCUCCAUCCUAGCCGUGGCCUAUGGCCAGCCCAGUGGAGCGUCGAGCACGCGUCCGGCACAACAGCUGCUCUAUGUAAACUGGCUGGGAUUCACGCUGCUCAUCCGCGCCAUGUACUCGGCCCUGUUCUAUCAUCUGCUGCGCCAGCAGGUCCAUCAGAGAUUGCCGCGCACUCUACAGGAGCUUGGCGAUGGCGAUUACACAGCUGUGAUGAAUCGUAUCACAGCACUGGACGUGCGUGAGGUGAACAGCCUGCAGGCGUUGUUCCACAACGUGCGCACCUUCGUCAUUGGCAGCGAGUGGGAACGCGAUGUCCUCGAACAGAUGGAGCUGCGUGUCCAGCAGCAGCAACUGCAGUUGGAUCAGCAGCCGCAUGAGCGCAUCUUUGGCGUACUCUCGCGACAGACGCUGCUGCAGGUGGUGGAGCAGACACACAAGCCGGGCGCCUACUAUGUGCUGCCUCAGCAUGUGUUGGACCAGCAGUUGGCCAUCUAUUUGCAGCGGGAUUCGCAUCUGUUGCAGCAGCUCGAUGAACUCGUCAUGGCCAUACAGGCGGUGGGCCUGAUGAACUAUUGGGCCGGGCAGCUGGGCAACGAGCGUUACUUUCGGAGCACCUUCAUGCUGAGCGAUCGGCGACUGCGUCAGCCGGAUCUUUGGGCCAUCUAUGUCAUUAGUGGUGUCUUCUAUGUGCUGGCUACUUUCGUCUUUCUCGUCGAGCUCGCUUUGGCGCGUUGGCGCCGUUUCAAUUAAUAACUAACAAAAUAUUGCAUUAAA